CUCCUCCAUCAGCUCACAGAGUGUCCGGACCUCACACCGGCCGCCACGGGACUAUCGACUCUCUUCACGCGCACACCGGAACUAUUCUCCCGCCAUGAAUCGGAUUACUUCUCCUGUGUUUGCGUUGUUUCUCUUAACGGCUGUUGUUCUGGUGAUUGCUUACUCAGGACACAACCUGGUAAGAAAAAAAAGGGUAUGGAUUCUCCCUGCAAAGCCACUGAAGGAAAAUGUAGACUACACCAGAAAGGAAUUUAUUGCCAAGAUUCGGUCAGAUUUUGAAACUGAGGGACUUCAGUACUCUCUAGAAGGCAUUGGUGCAAAUAAAUAUCCCUUCAAUGUGUUUGUUGUCGACCCUCAUACUGGAUUCAUUCGUGUGACCAGACAACUCGACAGGGAAGAAAUCGAUACAUACAAUCUGUCAGGUAUUGCUACGUUCACUAAUGGCAGUCAAGCAGAGAAAACAAUUGACUUACGAAUCAAAGUUAUCGAUGAGAACGACAACGCUCCAGUGUUUGCAGUCAUGGAGGCCGGGAAGGUGAAAGAGCUCAGUCCUCGAGGGACUUCAGUCAUGAAAAUAACUGCAACUGAUGCUGAUGAACCAGGAAAUAUAAACUCUCAGAUCGCCUAUACCAUCGUAGAUCAACAACCACCCGGUGACAUGUUUUCCAUUUCCAAAGAUGGGAUCGUACGCGUCAAAAGUUCUGCCCUGGACAGAGAGACAGCGGAUCAGUACACUCUGACAGUGAAAGGUCAAGACCUGAAUGGUUUACCAGGCGGACACAGUGCAACCAGCACUGUUGUCAUUAAUGUUCAAGAUGUUAAUGACAACCUUCCCACUCUGGAAAAAAUGGAGUAUGAAGGCAGCAUUGAGGAGAACACGGAGGGUGUGGAGGUGAUGAGGAUCAGAGCAAAGGACUUGGACCUGGAGGCCUCAGAGAACUGGGAAGCCAUGUUUGUCAUCGUCAGAGGGAACGAGGCCGGGUACUUCAGCAUCAAAACAGACCCCGCGACCAACGAAGGCAUCCUGAUGCUCGACAAGGCUCUCGAUUAUGAGGAUCAUCCAAUCCUUGACCUAGGAUUAAUUGUGAAGAACAAGGUUCCACUCUAUGAUGGAACCUUUGAUACCACAUAUAAAACCUAUCCGAUCAAAAUCAAUGUGAAGAACCAGCCGGAGGGGCCAAGUUUUGACCCCAAAGUCAAAGCUAUUCCCGUCUCAGAGGAUGGCAGCUCCGUCAACAUUAAUGAAGUCAUUACCCGCUACACUGCAAUAGAUGAAGACACUGGGAAAGUAGCUGAGAAUGUCAGGUAUGCCAAAGGCUCAGACCCUGACAACUGGUUUACCAUCGACCCAAAAACAGCUGAUAUCAAACUGAACAAGAUGCCAGAUAGAGAAUCUCCAUACCUGAUCAACGGGACGUAUUAUGCCAAAGUAGUCUGCUUUACAGAAGACAUGCCUGCUAAAACAGCCACUGGCACCAUAGCCAUCCAAGUGGAGGAUUUCAACGACCACUGCCCCACCCUGACCAGUCAAAUCCAGACUCUGUGUAUCCCCAAUGAUGCCGUUAUUGUGAAUGCUAAAGAUGAGGAUUUUUCCCCCAACGGAUCUCCUUUUACCUUUGAAAUAAUCCCAGAGGGCACUCAGGGUAAAUGGCAGGUGGAGCACUACAAUGACACUGCAGCCAUCCUCAGGGCCAAGGAGACCGUGUGGCCUGGUUUAUACGAGGUGACUUUUGUGGUGAAGGACCAGCAAGGGCAGGCCUGUCCAGAACCAGAGAAAGUGACGGUCCAAGUGUGCACCUGUGAGGAAGGGGUGAUGUGUGGAGAUCGAGGUAAUACCAAGAAAGGAGCAGAGUUAGGACCCGCUGGAAUCGGACUGCUGUUCCUUGGUCUGCUGCUGCUACUACUUUUUCUUCUGUUGUUGCUCUUCUGCGGAUGUGGGGAGGCCGCGGGCUUUACUGAGAUGCCUUUCGACACCAAAUCUCAUCUCAUUAACUACCGCACUGAGGGCCAGGGCGAGAACACGGAGGUGCCGCUACUGAACAUACCGCCACAAGUGGAUGGAGGAGUUGUGAUUGGUGAAGUCCCAAGUCAGCCAUCAGGACCUGGGAUGUAUUCGGACUAUUAUUUUCAAGGUGACAGCAUCGGCUGGGGGACGAGUAACGUUUCAGGAUUAGGAACUUGGAUUAAGCGUGAAGGAUCACAAGUACAUCAAGGAAUGUACGAGGGAAUGGCUCUGCCAGACCAUUUCCUGGGACAGUACUACAGUCAGAAGGUGACGAGUGAAAACGAAAACCUUGGAGGGAAAGACGCUCUUUUAGUUUAUGACUACGAGGGUCAGGGCUCCCUUGCUGGCUCAGUGGGCUGCUGCAGCCUCCUGGAAUCUGAGAACGACCUGCAGUUUAUUGAUGACCUCGGUAUGAAGUUCAAGACCCUGGCUGAGGUGUGCGGAGGCAAGAAGAUCGAAACUGAGGUCAAACCAGCGUUCAUUUAUCCACCCAGUGCAUCCAUCCAAACUCCCACCUCAGCUUGCCAGCAGCCAGCCCCUCCACCCAAGCUGCAUCAGACCACAUCUCAGACAGUGAUCAGUGAGACAUCUGGAAGUUCUCAGGUUGUGAAGGAGAGCAUGGCCACAGCGAUAGAAGGGAUGACCACGGUGAGAACAGGGAUGAUCCCAGUGAGCACAGGGAUGAUCCCAGUGAGCACAGGGAUGACCACAGUAAAUGAAGGGAUGGUGAAUCAAGGUCCGAUGAUCUUGCUACAGCAGCAGCCGCAGCCCGUCUACUACACCACCACCACCCCUGUGCAGAUGCAGUACGUCCUCCAGCCACAGGUUCAGAACACCGUGCUGCUGGCGGAGGCACCAUCCACCAACCUGCAGGGCAUGGUACUGCUCAACGGCUCCCAAACUGGACAUGCCCAAGGCGUGGUGGUUCAGGGACAGACCGUGAUGUCCAGCGGGCGAGCCCAGGGCCAACGCAUGGUGCUGGUGGAGAAGAGCCGGGUCCAUGGAAGUGGUGGCAACCUCUCUGGCUCCAAGACCAUGAUGGUGGUGGAGGGAAAAGCCCCUAAAGGGACAAUAGAAGGGCUUAAAAGUAGCCAGACCCACUUUAUGCACGGGGGAACUCUGCAGUCAGGGGUUUUUUCAGGAUCUCUGGUGGUCGGAGGGCAAAGCAACAGAGGGCAGCUGGUCAAGGAAGCAGGAUGUCUGUCCCUGAAAAGAGACAUCUCUGGCUCUCAGAGCAACGUGGUGACUUCCUCUACCACUAGAGUGAACAAAACCCCCACCUACCACAAGGUGGUGGUACAGGAGACAAGAGAAAUUCACUGAAUGAGAGAUCGUCCGGACUAGAGAGGUUCCUUCCAGUGAGGCUGAUAUAAGACUGUUCCUCUGGCCUGGUCUAGGUGGUGAUGGGAUGCUUGUGGGACUAACAUAAUGCAAGUCAGGCAAUUGGACUGUUCCUAUGCCUGGUCUAGGUGGUGAUGGGAUGCUUGUGGGACUACAAUAAUGCAAGUCAGGCAAUUGGACUGUUCCUAUGCCUGGUCCAGGUGGUGAUGGGAUGCUUGUGGGACUACAAUAAUGCAAGAGAACUAAUGUGAGACAGUUAAUGGAAAAGGAGCAUGUUUCCUAUAUUCCAUUGCAGACUCCAUUCUAAAACAGAGUCAACCCAAAGAAAAGUCAACAUUGAAGUAAAUGAACAAUACUCCAAACAGGGAAAAUAAAUAAACAAAAUGUAAACAAUAAAGUUGAAUGAUAACAAUGCCAAGCUGACCCUCCGAAAAAAUCCCAGCAGACCUAUGUGAUGACUGUUGCCUUCUUUUUCUGUACCUCUCAGAGACAAAUUAUGUACAUACAGAAUCACGUUUGGUAUAAUCAGUAAAUCCUUAAGUUGUUUAAUGGUGUUUGUUUUAUGCUGUCAGUUGUUUUGCGCUAAUAAAAAAAGACAUAAAAAUCCAA